UCCUUUGGCGUGGACACGGCCUGUCAUUCGCGUGGUGCCUCCUGGGCAGAUGCCCGUCGUGCGGCGACGAUGAAGGCGCCCCGGCGUUGGCGUGUCACCUCCCCAGGGCUUUCUUGUUCCUUACGAAAGCACCAUUGCGACUGAGGUAGGCAUGGAAGCUGAGCUGCUGACUGCCUCGUGCCCUACACUGGUGACCUUCAAGGACAUACUUGUGAGCUUUUCCAGGGAGGAGUGGCAGCUGCUGGACACUACCCAGCAGACCCUGUACAAGGAUGUGACCCUGGAGAACUACAGAAACCUGGUUUCCUUGGGGCUUCAGCUUCCCAAGCCAGAGGUGAUCCUGCUUUUGGAGAAAGGGGGAGAGCCAUGGCUGAUUGAGAGAGGAAUUCCCUAUAGGACCCAUCCAGACUCCAGAAGUGCAGUUUUAAGCAAGAGCAUUUCUAAAAGUAAACAACCUGAUGGCAUUAAAAUGGAAGAAACAGGGAAGGACCAUCUCUGGCAUUUGUCAUCAGAAGAAGCCUGGAAGUGUGACGACCUGCUGGACACACACCUGGACACACACCAGGAGAGCCAGGAGGGGCAUUUGAGACGAGUAAUGUCUACCCAAAAGAAAGUACUUAUUCAGGAGAGAGUCUGUGGACAUGGAAAAUAUGAAGGAAACUGUCUUCCUGCUCAGCUAGUACUAAGAGAGUAUUUCCAGAAACAUGACUCACACUCAAAAAGUCUAAAACAUGAUUUAGUUUUCAGUGGUCAUCAGGAAAGCUGUGCCAGCAGCAGUAAUGAAUGUGCUCAAACAUUCUGUCCAAGCAUUCACCUUAUUCAGUUUGCAAGAACUCAAGCUGGAGAUAAGUCCUACAGGUGCCCUGACAACGGUAGCUCCCUUACUCAUGGUACAUCUGUUGGUAUAUCGAGGGGUGUACAUAGAGAGAAACCCUAUGAAUGUAAGGAAUGUGGGAAAUUCUUUAGUUGGCGCUCUAAUCUCACCAGGCACCGACUCAUUCAUACAGGAGAAAAACCCUAUGAAUGUAAAGAAUGUGGGAAAUCUUUCAGCCGGAGUUCUCACCUUGUUGGGCAUCAGAAGACUCACACUGGUGAGGAGCCCUAUGAAUGUAAAGAGUGUGGCAAAUCCUUCAGCUGGUUCUCUCACCUUGUCACCCAUCAGAGAACUCACACUGGAGACAAACUAUACACUUGUAAUCAGUGUGGGAAGUCUUUUGUCCAUAGUUCGAGGUUAAUUAGGCACCAGCGAACUCAUACUGGAGAAAAACCUUAUGCUUGUCCUGAAUGUGGGAAAUCGUUCAGACAGAGCACACACCUCAUUCUACAUCAGAGAACUCAUGUCCGAGUUAGACCCUAUGAAUGCACUGAAUGUGGGAAGUCUUACAGCCAGCGGUCUCACCUUGUUGUUCAUCAUAGAACACAUACUGGACUGAAACCCUUUGAGUGUAAAGACUGUGGAAAAUGCUUUAGUCGAAGCUCUCAUCUUUUUUCUCAUCAGAGAACCCAUACUGGAGAGAAACCAUAUGAAUGUCAUGAUUGUGGGAAAUCCUUCAGCCAGAGCUCUGCCCUCAUUGUGCAUCAAAGAAUUCAUACUGGAGAGAAACCAUAUGAAUGUUGUCAGUGCAGGAAAGCCUUCAUCCGAAAGAAUGACCUUAUUAAGCAUCAGAGAAUCCAUAUUGGAGAAGAGACCUAUAAAUGUAAUAGGUGUGGAAUUUUCUUCAGCCAGAAUUCUCCAUUUAUAGUACAUCAAAUAGCUCAUACUGGUGAGCAGUUCUUAACUUGUAAUCAGUGUGGGUCAGCGCUAGUUAGUAGUCCCAACCUUAUUAGAUACCAGACAAAUCAUAUUAGAGAAAAUACUUACUAAUAUAACAAAUAUGGAAAAUUUGUCAUAAAGAGCAGUAACUCUUUUUCAUUGGAGAACUCCUUUUGGAGAGAAGAUGUGUAGAUUGGAUCUCUGGAAAUGCUUUCAGUCCUGUUAUGACCUUGUAAUGCACUAAACAACUAGCCCUUGUGUGGAGAGAACCCACAAAUUACAUUACAAUACAGAAAUAUAUCAGAUUCCCGCCACACCCCCCAAAUUCCUACAGACCUAGAUGCAACAGACCUAGGUGCAUUUUGAUUGAGUUCAAUGCUAAAGUUAGUGACUUGUUAAGGGAGAAUGCUACUUCAAAAAGAUAAGUGUUACUGCUGAGCAGAAUGAAAAGUCGAUAAAAGUUUUGUGAUGGAAAAUAAUAUUUCAGUGAGUUAAUAUGCCAUUUUUUUACUGGAUUGACACUUAGUAAUGCUUAUGCGUCAAUAUAAAGUACAUUUUGAUUAACCACAGGAAAUAUUUACAGUGAGAAAGAACAAUUUGCAUUAUUAGUAGUGCCCAUUUUUAAAUAUAUUUGCAUGUGGGCAGGAAAUGGAAGGGUAUAGGAAAGUGAACAAAAUUGAUUAGUUAGAUACUGGGCUUAUGAUUAAGUUUUACCAAAUAUUCAGUGUUACUGUAACAAUUAUUUAAAGACUUUUAAUACAAAAAAAGAAGAUCCAGUUUCUCCAUUUUUGUCAUCAAGGAAGCUUGAGAGCCAUGUUCCACUAAGCCUUGCUGUUAAUUGUAAGAUGUUUUGGGUUAUAGAGUUGUGGUUUUUGAGACUGGGUGCUGAAGGCUCCUGGAAUCUUAAAAAUAGUGAUUUUCUGGACAUCAGGAUAUAGAGAAACAGUUGACAUUGAAUGCUUCAGGAGGGCUUCCAUUUGACAGGAACAGUUGAGCAUCUGCAUGAUGCUCAGAGCAAUUACUAUGAGACAAACAGCACUGCCCUAAGCCACCUCCUCAGGUGGCUUUUUAUGAUGAAAACUUAGUUAUUGAAAGCAUGGGCCAAAAGCUGCCCAUUUGAAAUCUUGCCUCUGCCCUUGACUCUCUGGGUGACCUUAGUCAUACAGCAUAACUUCUCUGUGCCUAAUUUAUAGAUUCCUUUCUCUGUAAGUUAGGGAUAGUGGUACUUCAUAAGGUGAGGUGGUUAUUAAAUGAGUGAACAUGUCAACAACUUAGUGCAGUGUCUGACCCAUGUAAGUACUUGAUAACUGUUAGCUGUGGCUAUAAUGUUGCUGUUAUUGACACUAUUCCAGCAUCUUUUAGUUUAAACUUGGCUUGCUAAUAACUCAUCAAGGCUUUCUUCCCUCCAGCUGCAUGCUCUCCUUUUUUCCCACUUCAGAACUUACCCUUGGGAUAUCAGUUGGCAUAAGUAUUCAUUUCUGAACAUCACUAGCCAACUUUAAAUAUUGUAUGCAAGAUCAUUCUGUAUGUACAGAGAUUUCUCUUCUAGGGAGAGGGCCAUAAACCUCAGAUGCUCUGGUAAGUGUAUAACCCAAAAAUACUUAGAAAAAGAAUUUUUAAAUUUGUGUUUCAUAAAACAAUUUUAUGUUUUGAUCUAUAACGUAUCUCUUGUAUAUAGGGACUAUUUACCCUUUUCUAGAAAACUGUGUAUUAGACGCUCACUGAUUGAUUGUUGAAUGAUAAAAAAUUUUUGUUGAGACCAGCAGGACAGAUCUCGAUGUCUUUCCCAGGAAAAGUCUAGAAAUGAUUGUUAGACUUACAAGACUUGAGAACUACGAGGAACACGAGACUACUGCAUCCUCUUCAUUGUACAGUUUCCCAGAAGUGAGUUGGCCCAGGUGAGUGGUCAGACCCAGAGCUUCAUCCCAGUGCCCGAGUGCCUGCUGUUCUCAGUGCUUACAUGGUGUUCACAUGUGGAAUAUGUUCUCUUCAGAAAUAGUUUUCAUUAUGAGGAGUAGUGCUCUAUGGGUGUAGAAGAGUAGUCCCUUAACUGGGCCUCUCAGAAUUUCUGGUAAUAGUUUUCCAAGUUUCCUCAGUUGUAUAGUGGAGACACAACUAGUAUCUACCUCAGAGGGAUGUUGUGUGGAUUAAGUGAGAAGACGUUUGCAGUGUUUAGAAAAAUGUGUGCACAUAGUGAGUACUGUAUGUAAAGAGAGUGAUGUGUAUGAAUGAGCACUGAAAUGUUUAAAGUGUUACAAAUUUUGCAAUUUAAAAAAUGUACUCUACCAUAAUGGUUAUAGUGUAUUCAUGUAAUGGAACAUUAAACAGACAUUAGAGUUGUGAACAAAGAAAAUUUGGUAACAGGGACAAUGUCAGUGCUGUCCUGUGUUAUGAAAAAGGCAUGACAGAUUGCAAUAUGGUGUAUACUUAAAUAUGAACAAAUAAAUGAAUUUAAAACACAAGUGAAUCUUGCUUAAAACUAUGAAAAUCUGUCAGAAGAUUAAUAACUUCAAAUUGAGAACAGAUACCUGCUUUUUUUGACUUUUCUUUCCAAAGUUCCUUCAUAACUAUUUUAGUAUCAGGAAACCAAUCUCUUCAAUGAUGGAAUAUUUUCUUUUGAAAAGUUCACGUGCAUAAAUAAACUUCUAGACCUGUAAUGAAACAAUUUGGCAAAGCCACAGGAUAUAUGAUCGAUAUAUAAAAAAAUGGAUUUCACAUCUCUGUACCAGUUGGCAGUGAUUUAAAAGAGAAAUCAGAAAAGCCACGAUCAAGGAUAGAAAAACUUAACAUUGUUAAGGUGUUAAUUCUUUACAAGUUAAUUUUUUUAUCUUCAAAGAUUUAUUUAUUUAUGCAUAUAGG